AUGCCAGCAUUUGCACGUAAUGUCAGCCACCCUCGCAGGGGCGGACGCACCAGAUCAGGUGCCGGCAACGCUCUCCGCACAUGUCUCAGCUGUCGUCGAAGCAAGACUCGCUGUCAACUUCCGGACCUGACCGUCGCUUCCUCGGCCACGCCUCUAUCCGACGACAAGGCUUGUCGUCGAUGUCGAUCGCUCUCAGCGCCCUGUGUCGUGGACGACUCGCAGAGGCGGGUCACUAAAGCCGGAACCAGCCGGUACGGUUUGGAUGGCCUCCUCGAACGCAGCGCAUUGGCUCAUACGACGCAGUCGGAUGGUCAUAAUCUUUCGCAACCGCGCAGAGCGCACAGGGCGCACAGGGCGGUCCACUCGCCUUCAGUAUCGCAGGCAGACGAUACGGCGUCAAACUCGCUCAGCAUCGAUGGCAGUGCGGGCUCCAUCCGGGUCCGCAGCAGAUCGACCAGCAAUGCGCCCAGCCAAGACCACAUGCUCAGUUCCGACCUGCAUACGACUGCGUCAGACGAUCCGACCCCUCCGAAUUCCAGCAUUUGCAUUCCCGAGCCGCUUCGACCGGGUAUGCUCGACUUGCUCUACCCCGAUAUCAGCGCCGCCUUGUCUGCAACAGCGGCUGCUGCGAGCAGUGCAUCUUCCGCGUCGCCUUGCUCAGCGCCGGAACCUUCUGGCUCCGCCAACGAGUCCAGCGCCAGUUCCCCUUGCCCCCCUUCCGUCGCCGCUUUGGCUUCGAUAGAUCCUCAUUGUGGAGCUAGCGUUCUCGAGGUCUGGAAUCCGUUCCUCUACUGGAUCAAGCUUCUCCGAGCACGUGAGCCUCCCACCACUACCAACGACUUCCUCGCCGUCACACUCCAGCAUCUCAACCUACUGCUCCUUUCAAGCCCCUGCCAUGGUCCUGCGCGGCAGCCUUCAUCCGCAACUCUGCCAGACAGCGCUCCGCAUCGCAAAGGCGCUGGACCGAAGAUCGCAUCUUCGCGAAAGAAGCUCAUUCACAGGGUCGCUCAAAUCUUCCUUGGCCGCGAGCCGCCUUCGCUGCGUGCAAUCCAAGCACUCAUCCUGCUUUCGGUCUACGACCCCCCGGAUCUGUUGCUGCGACAUACGCCCGAAGAGGGCAACGACCCCCACAACGGCGGUGCAGAUGCUGAUUUUGCAGAUGCACCUGAAGCUAGCCAAGAUUCGCCCUCGCCAAGCGCCGCGGUGCCCGCUCUGCCGCCUCCCGGUCGAGCGCUUGUCGAUCUUGCGUGCAGCAUGGCACAUCAACUAGAUUUGCCGCGCAUCGUUGCCUCAGCUACCGAGAACAGUGAAUGCAGAGCCGAUAGCCAAGAGACCCCCUCGGAUAUCGUGCGCUUCUUGACUCUGAUCGCGCUCUUCAAUUUACGAGCCAACUAUUUGCCCUCACGGACAGCGAACGAGGUCAAAGCUGCAGACGACCUGACCCUGCUGCACGGCCUGUCCAUUCAAGCUGUCCUUGCCCGCUGCGACAAUCUCAGCCUUGGCGCAGCAGCCGAUGCGCGAGUGCCAGCUUGCCAGACGAUCGCCAUUCGUUCGCUUGCUUCACAGUUCAAGAUGAGCAGCGCCUUUGUUCACGCUCUUCGCAAACUGAGAGCUUUUCCUCUGCCCAUAUCCACCGUCGACACCAGAGUGGAGGAACUGCACGCCCGGUUUCGCUCCGUGGUGCAGACAGCACUGUAUUGUUUCGCGCUCGACACAAAGCAAGAAGGAGAUAGCAAUGCAGCUGACCACUGGCUCGUCAUACUACGCACACAAGCCACUGAUAUGGAACUGGCCCUGUGGUCGCACUGCAUUUACCUCGAGCUUGGUCCUCAUGCCUGUCCGAUGCCGUGCGCCGAUGACGAAACGGUAAAUGCCCCUAGCUCAGUGGGAUAUGACGCAGUGUUCCCCAAGCUCAAGGCACGUAACUUUCAAGGAGGCCGCUUCUUAGCCACCGUGACGGAAAGAUGCACAGACCUAGCGCACGUCGUGCUCAACAUCUCCUACGAACUACUCACUGCGCACGGCGAGGCCCACUCGACUUCUGUUGCGCCGCUGAUCCUUCGUUGCACCGCUGUCUUCCGAGCCGUCAAGGUCCUAUCCCAACUAUGGAUGCUGGUGCUGCUCAAGUGGUCUAGUCUUUCUGCUCGUUUGAUACAGGCAUUGGACGUGCUGGACAUCGCAGCAAGGACGCUCCGCGAUGCGAAUCAGCCUUGUAUGCCGGAACUAGCGCUGCUAGUGAGGCACUUCCUCAUCCGUACGAACGAGGCCCUGAGAGAGCUCCUUCAAGCCAAACAAGACGAGUUGGCCCGCAGUGAUCGCAAAGGGCUCAUCGACUUGGCUGGAGGGCUUGACCAUGACUGCGAGGUAGCGGAGGUGGACCGUGAUCCAAACGCUCUGAUCGCAAGAAGCAGCGGGAAUCUCGGCACCGCGAGAAGCGACCGAUCCCAGUCCCGGUCUCAGAUUGCCACUAGAGUCGAUAGCCAGGCGGGCGGCAUACAUCCUCUCGCGACGCACUCUUCGCCUCGUCACGUCGAGUCUGCAGUUCAUGCUUCCGAGACCCAAGGCCAGGAACUCUGGAUCGGGUCGAUGCCGUCGCAAACGCGCCAUUCCCUGUACCAAUCGCACCGCCCAGACCACCAUCAGCAUCAACAUGCGAUGCAGGGAUUUCACCAGCAACAUCAGCAGAUCGAGCUACAAUCGCCGCCUCUACAUACAGAGCAGCGGCAGACUUCGCAUCCACAACUGGGAGGCUAUGGUGGCCAGUCAUCGGCUUUGUGGUCCGCGGCUGCUGGUACGAUAACCAGCCCCCAACCGAUUGCGCCUCAUCCGGGCUUGGACCAUGAAAGCAUCCUGUGGGACGACCUAUGGUCUUGGGACCUUUUGGACAUACCCCACUGA